ACGUUUUUUUCAGUCACCGGUCGACGCUGCGCCGGGCACCGUCGACGCGCACGUUCGCGAAUAGUUUGAUAUGGGUUGUGGAUCUUAUAGUAAUUUUCUCAGGUAGGCCAAUUCGUGGUCAUUAAUCGCGUACGAUUGAGUUUUCGUAUUAGUAACGGGAAAAAAUAUAUAUACGUUUCCAGUGAAGGAACAAGCUAGGAUCAUUUUUAACAGGCCACGCGACAUACCACGCGCCACUCACGCGCUUUGCCUUUCCAUCUUGCUACCAAAAGUGUUUCUCUAGGGACGAAUUUCACAUAUUUUACACGGCAGGUGUUUUAUCCUCAUUUCCUAUUGUUUCUCGAUAUUUCCCUUAUCGACAUUAUUAUCAAAAUUAAGCUUUUCCUUAUCGUUAUUAUUCGAGAAUCAUAUUCCACGAUUAGAUCGUGAACGGUAGCUUUUGCUUGAUAGCAGGUGAGUCGAUCUCCGUACGAGAGGGCACCCGAAGGUGAGAGAAUUGCAGGUGAGAGAAACCGGGCAAGCGCAUCGCGAGGUACACUAUUACGCACCUGGAUUUCACUGCUGUCGUUACUUCAAAGUAAAAUGCGGUCAGUAGAUAUGCGGCAGCUUCUUCGAUCCCGAGACUUUUGUAACCGAAAGUACUGUGUAUGUUUCUAUCGGUAGAGCAUAUGAAAAACAUGUUCAUAUUGUUCGAGGUAUCUGAACCGUGAUAAAAUAAUCGAACAACUGAUCGAAUUUACGAGUCCUCGAUGUCGUUCUUAUCUGUCCACCUGGUCACAUCGUUCGGAGCAGCGACGUCUAUUUUGUCGCAAGCACUCAGGAAUAAUCUUUCCUGUGAUAAAUCUUUUAGUAAAUCUAUUCGGAAAUCUCUAUAGACCAUCCUCGUGACAAACUGCCGCUGAACGCUUAUCAAGGAUUCGUCAUCCUCGCGUUUGGUGGACGAAAUCUAAAACGGGAAGCAUGUCGUUGCAUUAUCCCCAAGGAUAUCGGUAUCGUCCGGCUAGUAAAGCUGUCGGAUCAGGAAAUGGAGAACAAGGUUCCGACAGUGAUGUUGCUGAACUCAGUGAUCUCGAGGACGACGAGGAUGAAGAUGGGGGCGGCCAGUCGACUAAUAGAUGUGUUGAACAAAACGUGGAGAAAGAGGAAAAGGAGGAUGAGAAUGAUAACGAAGAUGAAGAUGAUGACGAUGAUGAGGAUGAUGAGGAUCAAGAAGACGAAGAAGAAGAUGAAAACGAAGAGGAUGAUGGAGUAGAUGAUGUGGAUGGCGAUGAAUUACCCUAUCCUGGUUUCGUGCCGGUUGCAUUGCGAUACCUCGAUCAGAAUACACGGCCGCGCAACUGGUGUCUGGCGCUCAUCACUAAUCCGUGGUUCGAAAGGGUGAGCAUGAUGGUAAUUCUUUUAAACUGCAUUACAUUGGGGAUGUACCAACCAUGCGUCGAUGACCAGUGUGUAACAAAUCGCUGUAAAAUAUUACAAAUGUUCGAUGACAUCAUUUUCGCCUUUUUCUCUCUGGAAAUGACAAUCAAAAUGGUCGCGAUGGGCAUUUAUGGGAAAGGAACGUAUCUCGCAGAUUCCUGGAAUAGAUUGGACUUCUUUAUAGUAAUUGCUGGUGCUCUGGAAUAUUGUUUGAACGUGGAAAACAUGAAUUUAUCGGCAAUAAGGACAAUAAGAGUCCUUAGACCUCUACGUGCCAUCAACAGAAUUCCAAGUAUGCGGAUACUAGUGAUGCUUUUACUCGACACUCUUCCUAUGCUGGGUAACGUGCUGCUCCUAUGUUUCUUCGUCUUCUUUAUAUUUGGUAUUGUCGGCGUGCAACUGUGGGAGGGCAUACUGCGUCAACGGUGCUUCCUGAAAGCUCUACCCAACGUCAAAUAUCCUGAGUUACUCUCGGACGAGUACUCGGUUCGAUCACGCAUUUACGAUCUCGAGAAGUACUUCGAAUAUCAGGGUCAGGACUACAUUUGUUCGCGUCCCGACGACAACGGAAUGCACUCUUGCAGUAACUUACCGCCGCUCAAGUUGGGAAACGUGGUUUGCAAUAAUACCGCGUUGCCAAACAAUAAUACAACGUUUAUCACCAACGACACCUGCGUUAAUUGGAAUUACUACUAUACGGAAUGCAAGGGUCAGGGUAACAAUCCUUUCCAAGGAACGAUAUCAUUCGAUAAUAUCGGUCUUGCCUGGGUCGCAAUAUUUCUUGUAAUCAGUCUUGAAGGAUGGACGGAUAUAAUGUAUUACGUGCAAGAUGCUCAUUCUUUUUGGGAUUGGAUAUAUUUUGUCCUUUUAAUUGUGAUUGGUUCCUUCUUCAUGAUUAAUCUCUGCUUAGUCGUAAUAGCAACGCAAUUCUCAGAAACGAAAAAGAGGGAGAUGGAAAGAAUGCGACUGGAACGUGCUCGUUUUCAUUCUACAUCAACUCUUGCAUCGUCGACAAAUACUUCAGAGCCAACUACAUGUUACGCAGAAAUUGUUAAAUAUAUCGCACACCUGUGGCGAAGAGGGAAGAGGAGAUUAAUGAAGAGAUACCGAGUGUAUUUAUAUAAAAGACAACAGAAACGUGAACAGAAUUUGCUCAAGGAACAGCAACAACACGGACAUCCAUUUCGAGGAGGUGCACCCAACUCUGAUUCGAAUAGAUUACCCGGAGAUAGAAGACUCCAUCAUGGUAGAUGUCCCAGAUUGUUGGCGGCUUUGGAAUACGCGGAACAGCAGCAACAACAGCAAGGCAUUGGCAGUGGUGGGGGAUCGCUUACUGAUUUUCCAGCGAACAGUCCUCCAACACAGACUGCGAUCCUUGCAACUGCGAUUGGAAAUAUUGGCGGUAGUAAUGGGAAUUUGGCGAUUGCGCCUCGUGCCAGCCCCGAAGUAUCCGAAGCAGAUGUCUCUUUGAACGUGUACAAUCGUAUGGGGCUUCAUCGAACUUCAUCCGUUUCUUGUAAUGGAAGCGAUAAUGUUCUUUCGAAUGCGACCGAAGCAAGCAUUCAGACGAACAAUGUGCUGUUAAGUCCGCCUUGCACACACUAUCGCAGAAGAAGCAGUGUGAUGUUCAGCGAUGUGGUGUUGCUGCACGGCAGCAACAGUAUUGGUAACACGUUGCAGGCUGGUAUGGCGGUUUCGCCCGGCGAAAGGAAUGUAUGUUCGAGCGAAAAAAUGACGCAGACCGGUGACGGGAAUGUUUGGUCGAGUCCAUUGCCAGACCAUAUACAGAUGCAAGCUGAAUUGGGUGGAAACGAAGCUAUGACUUGUCAAGAAUUACUUGCAUUAAGCGGUGCUUUAAGCGCUGCAUUACCGACUGGACAACUGGCAUUGGAUUCUUUUCUUAAUUCUCUUACCAAAGGAAUAACGGAUCGACAUAUUAUCCUAGAGGAUCGUACGCAAUGGUUAGCUUCGGACAUUGAUAAUUGUUCCUGUUGCUGUGAACUCCAGGGUAUUGAUCAAUGGCCAGACGAAGGUGACAAAUGGACGAAAAAUUCCCGUGCGAAAAGAUUCCUAAGAAGUUGCGGAAACAGUUGUAUUUGCGCUAUAAGAUGCAUAAGACGGUUGAUCAAGAAGCUGGUCGAGCACAAAUAUUUUCAACAGGGUAUCUUAUUGGCGAUUUUGAUCAAUACUUUGAGCAUGGGAAUAGAAUAUCAUAACCAGCCAGAGCAAUUAACUAUAGUAGUUGAGGUAAGCAAUAUUGUAUUUUCGGCCGUCUUUGCUGUGGAAAUGUUGCUCAAGAUAAUCGCGGAAGGUCCAUUUGGAUACAUAAGUAAUGGAUUCAACGUUUUUGAUGGAGUUGUUGUAGUGCUCAGCGUGGUGGAGAUUUGUCAAGCAUUCGUUGAGGAGAGGGGUGGCAGUUCCGGGCUGAGUGUGUUGAGAACGUUCCGGUUACUCAGAAUCCUGAAAUUGGUGCGUUUUCUACCAAACCUUCGACGACAAUUGUUCGUGAUGCUGCGCACUAUGGAUAACGUUGCCGUAUUCUUUUCCCUUUUAGUACUUUUCAUCUUUAUAUUCAGCAUCCUAGGAAUGUACCUGUUCGGGGGUAAGUUUUGCAUGUGGGCGGACCGGAGUCGGCCCUGCACCUGUGCCGAGGUGGUCUCGCGGCACCCAUUGUGUCGCUGUGAUCGCAAACAUUUCAACGACAUCGUCUGGGCACUUGUCACGGUUUUUCAGAUCUUGACGCAGGAAGAUUGGAACGUCGUGUUGUUCAAUGGAAUGCAGAAGACGUCUCACUGGGCAGCUCUUUAUUUUGUCGCAUUGAUGACCUUUGGAAAUUACGUCCUAUUCAAUCUGCUGGUCGCCAUUCUUGUCGAAGGAUUCUCUUCGGAGAGAAAUGAAAGAAGAGAACGAGAACAAAGAGAAAUGGCUAGGCUUGCUGCGAAAGAAACAGGAAUAGACAGUGACGAUGGUUCUUCGAGAAUUUCGAGAUCUCAUUCGAUUACUGAUAGUGAUACUUACACCCAGGAUCGAAAAAAUUCCUGGCAGAGUGCGGAAGAGUUACGCAAAUACAAAGACAACAACAGCAAGGAAAAGCAGAAUACUGUAUGGAAGCAUCAAAUAGACGAGCCUAAGUGUAAUAUUCAAAAAGUAAAUAAAAUGAAGGGUUCUACCGGUCAACCACCGAUAAUUACUCAUACAGCGGCCACUCCUCAAGAUUCACCGAACACCACCCUCGACGUCGGUCGAGUUGUUUAUCCUACUGCGGCACUGUCAAUCGAAUCUAUAGAUCGUUCAGGAAGUCAGUGUAGUAUUUCUUCUGGCCUGCUAAAGCUACCAGACGUUUCAAACAAAAUACCGACUAAAAAUCUCAUUGCCGGACAAUUUCCUCGACGAAUAAGCCUUGUCACGGCUGUUGUUAAUCCAACAAUGAGAGAAUCAUCUAAUUCAAGUUCACCAAGGAUACAAAGGGGUUAUUCGUGGAAAUUAUCACGGCCAUCUUUGAGGAAGAAACGUUGGUUACAAACGGAAGAUGAAUCUCCUCGUAGAGCCACUGUUCUAAAUAACGGUCGAAGUACUAUAUUAGGUUCUAAUUCAACUUUUAACGGCGGUUAUUUACACGGUUCGAUAAGAAACGACACGCAAAGUGAUACACCGAAUAAUCGAACGACCGUCCUAACAAGCAAUAAUCGUAGUCUCAGCCCUAAUAAUUCCAUCGAAAGUCGUAGCUCCUCCAUUAGACGUAACACAGCAACGCCUAAUCAGAUGCGAUGGAUUAGUGACCUUUCGCGAAGGAACUCAUUGCGUGAAAAUGAAAAUGUUCAAUCACCAACAAGGAAGACUUUACCUCUAGAUGAGGUACCUAUGCAAUGCUCAACGGCACGUACAAUCAAUAAUUUAUCAAUGGAGACUGGUCCACUGCCCAGAAUUAAACGACUUCCCGAUCAAGAUGAUCACAAUCCUCGUACAGAUGAACAGACACCUCCCUUGAAUGGUCAUGGUAGUGCGAGCAGUAUUGAGAGAAUUAAAAAGAUUUUCAUGUUUUUUGAACCUAAAGGAUGCCUUAAAGAACGCGAUGAUUAUUCAUUGUACAUUUUUCCACCAAAUAACAGAUUUCGUGUUUUAUGUCGAUUAUUGGUCGAUCAAAGAUGGUUUGAUAACGUAGUACUUUUUUUUAUCGGUCUCAAUUGUAUUACAUUGGCAAUGGAACGGCCAAAUAUACCACCUGAUAGUGGAGAAAGACUUUUUUUAUCAACUGCGAAUUAUAUUUUUACCGGGGUAUUUGCAAUUGAAAUGUUUAUUAAGGUUGUUGCAUCUGGUAUGCUGUAUGGCUCCGACGCUUAUUUUACUUCAGGUUGGAAUAUUAUGGAUGGAGUUCUUGUAAUCAUUUCUAUAAUUGAUUUAUCAAUGUCCUUACUGUCAUCGAGUAGUCCAAGAAUAUUUGGAAUAUUGAGGGUUUUUAGACUUUUAAGGUCAUUAAGGCCAUUACGGGUUAUUAAUCGAGCUCCUGGUUUGAAACUGGUUGUUCAGACAUUGUUAUCGUCUUUACGACCUAUUGGUAACAUCGUUUUGAUAUGCUGUACUUUUUUCGUAAUCUUCGGUAUCUUGGGUGUGCAGCUCUUUAAGGGUGCCUUUUAUUACUGUGAGGGGCCUGAUAUUAAAAAUGUACGCAAUAAGACGGACUGUCUGGCUGACAAACGGAACGUUUGGUUAAAUAGAAAAUAUAAUUUCGAUGAUCUUGGAAAAGCGCUAAUGUCGUUGUUUGUACUUUCCUCGAGAGAUGGAUGGGUGAACAUCAUGUACACUGGAUUGGAUGCUGUAGGCGUUGAUCAACAGCCAAUCGAGAAUUAUUCGGAAUGGCGGCUAUUAUAUUUCAUAGCUUUUAUUCUACUCGUGGGCUUCUUUGUUUUAAACAUGUUUGUAGGCGUUGUAGUUGAAAAUUUUCAUAGAUGUCGCGAGGAACAGGAAAAAGAAGAACGUGUAAGAAGAGCUGCUAAACGAGCUUUACAAAUGGAGAAGAAACGACGAAAAAUGCAUGAACCGCCUUAUUACACAAAUUAUUCAAAAUCCAGACUGUUCGUACAUAAUGUUGUGACGUCUAAAUAUUUCGACCUAGCAAUUGCUGCCGUGAUCGGCCUGAAUGUUGUUACCAUGGCAAUGGAAUUUUACAUGAUGCCAAAAGCUCUGACUUACGCUCUAAAAAUAUUCAAUUAUUUCUUCACUGCGGUCUUCAUUCUUGAAUCUUUUAUGAAGCUUCUUGCCUUAGGGUUACAUCUUUAUCUUAAAGACAAAUGGAAUCAGUUAGAUGUAGGAAUCGUGAUACUAUCGGUAGUUGGUAUAGUACUUGAAGAAGUUGAGUCAAAGAUCAUUCCGAUUAAUCCUACUAUAAUUCGAGUCAUGCGAGUUUUACGAAUUGCCAGAGUUUUAAAGCUACUCAAAAUGGCGAAAGGAAUACGAGCUCUUUUAGACACGGUAAUGCAGGCAUUACCGCAAGUUGGAAAUUUGGGAUUAUUGUUUUUUUUGCUUUUUUUUAUCUUCGCAGCUCUUGGUGUAGAAUUAUUUGGACGUUUAGAAUGUAGUGAUGAUAUGCCUUGCCAGGGUCUCGGAGAGCAUGCCCAUUUUAGUAAUUUUGGUAUGGCGUUUUUGACGCUUUUUCGAGUGGCCACCGGUGACAAUUGGAACGGUAUCAUGAAGGACACUCUGAGAGACGAUUGCGACGAAGCAGCGGACUGCGUGAAGAAUUGUUGCGUGAGCACCAUUAUAGCUCCGAUAUUUUUUGUAAUUUUCGUGCUGAUGGCACAAUUCGUUCUUGUUAACGUCGUCGUUGCUGUACUCAUGAAACAUCUCGAGGAGAGUCAUAAACAGAUGGAAGAUGAGCUAGAUAUGGAAACACAGCUAGAAAGAGAAUUGGCCGCAGAGCAAGAAGAAUUAUUGGAAGUAGAAGAGGAGGAAGACGAUGAAACUAUAAAACGAGAAAGAGACGAUGGUGGUAUAGACGAAGAUGAUGAAGACGUUAGAGAACAUGAAUCUAUUUUAGUGGCGAACGAAAAGAUUCCUGCUAGCAGGCCUGGUCUCGCGAAAGUUCGUUCCUUGCCUGCAAAUUUUAUUUACAAUCCACCACGGGAAAGAAACGCAGAUGAUGGAACAAUAUCAGUGUCAUUAGCGCGACGCAGUUCGUAUCAUCGUUCUAGUUCAAGGCCGUCCAAGUUCAAAUCGAAACGUAGACAAACGUUUCACUCGGGGCAUCAUCAGAGGAGAUCCUUACUGCCGAUGCACUUUGAAGUCGCCGAAGUUUUCGAAAAGCCUGUGAGCAAUUUAAGUGUGCCUCGAAUCAUCCCUCAACACAACUACGAUGCAACAAGUCGAGAUAUCACUCAUGUGCAGCGUCAAAGGUUACAGGCAACCAGCGAUGGACAAGAAAACAAGUCUCCAUUAAAUGUGAGUAAGCCGCCACCGAGUUCUUCUUCUCCGAUGUCGCUGGCCGGCUCUGUAACAACUCUAACCUGUCCUAAAAUAAGCAGCGAACGUUAUCUAAUGCCAACAUCCAAUAUUUACCCGUCCAAGGCAACGUUGAGUCGCAGGCCAUCGAGCGAGGCCACGCAGUCACAAUUUGAUACAAACGUUAGCAUCGGAAGUAUCCUCUCAAAAACAGACAGUACGAUGAACGGCUACAUGGAAACCGGCGUGUCAAGAAGCAAUAGUGACAGAUCGAAUGAUUCGAAGGAAAAAAACGAGAGACAGGUAUCCGCUCCACCGACGGAUGAUCUUGACGUACAGUCAAUUAUUAACGAGAGGAGACCGUCCAAACUGAAGAGCGGAAAUUUGACGGAAGCAAUGAGGAUUGUCAGUGAUCAAUCUUCAUCGAUUCGAAUAGGAAGUUACGGCCAAGUCUACGUUACCGAAGAACGUUUCGAGGAAAUAUCACCUAUGUCGACCGGCAACAUGAGCGAUAGUAUCAUAGGAAGUAGUGGCACGAGCGGAAGUGGAAGUGUGACUGGAAGUGGAACUGGUAAUGCGAGUGGAAGCGGUAGCAGAAACGAAAGCUCUGUGAUGCAUGUAACAGAAGGAGUAUGCGCCACUAUUGGUUCGGAUGUUCGUAUAUACGUGGACGAUACCGAUUCGGCGAGCAGCAACAAUCAUCAGAGAAGGAAAGCGAACGAAGGGACAUCGGAAGUGUCGACGACCAUUUCAUCGGUAAUCGCGAUACCAGAUGUGACGAUAGAGGAAGAAAGAUCGGAGAGAUUCGAUGUACCAUCCUCUGAUGGCCCAUCGGAUCCUUCUUAAGUAACAACUUCUAUCUUCGAUGCGUUUAGAAAAAAGUAAACAAAAAAAAAAAAAAACAAAAAAAAAUAAAAAAAUAGUAACGAGAAAAAUGGUAUAGAUUUCUAUGCAACCGCUAGCCGACCAUGGUAUCCACGGCGAAAUACCAUGGAGAGUGCUGCAAGGGUUCAAUGUUGGGCUCUAAGAAAGACUGUAGUGCAUGACAAUAUAGUCGUUAUAUUCUAGUCACUUUGCCGCCGUGAACUUGCCAAAAUAGGAAAGGUACUGAGCUCGUUUAGAUCGAGUUGGAAAUGCUAAAAACUAGAGAGAUAGGAGAAGAGAGAAGGGAGAGCAAGUGAGAUGAAAGCGGAGAAUAAUAAUAAUAAUUAAAAAGUACGAUUGAAUAUUCGAUCACGGACGAAUAAGAUUAGGUCAAUUGUGCGUCUUGAAACGUGCGGAAUGAAAAGGAAGAAACAGAAAACGUGAAUGAGAGAUUGUGCGUGCGCGUCAAGCGUGAAUUUUAACAUGCAUAAAACGAAAAGCGAAAAGCAUCUAAAAAGAAAAAGAAAAAAAAAAGAAAAAAAAAAUGAAAAACCUAUGACAAUCUAUUAUUGCCAACGGAACCGAUCUUAUGUUCUGUGAAAAAAAUACAUCGUGGAAAUCGAUUCGUAGGAAUUGGUAGGAUGAAAAAUGACGUAGUUUCUGCGUCGAUAAUUAGAGAAAUUUACAUAGUCAUUAGGUGAACUUGAGAACAAAAAAAGAAAAAAAUAAAAAAAGAAAAAAAAGAAAAAAAACAAAUUUGUCGAGUCUACGCGACAAUUGCAAUUAAUCGGACCACACUUUCUCGCCUUUCCUUUUUCUCCAACUCGUCGAAUAAAAAUAAACGUGUGUCGUUCGCAGGAAAGUUUCGAGAGCCACGGUAGAUCGUGAAUAGCUCUCGACAGGAGGAACGAAACGUGCCAAAUUAAAAAUGUGGAAAAUAAUGAAGGAAAAAAAAAAUAAUAAUAAUAAAAUGGUCAUUACCGAAGUGCCAGAAAAUCUAGAUAAAAAAAACAGUUUCGGAAUAUAAAAGAAGAAACAAAAAUAAAAAAUAGCAUAGUCUUUUCAUGAUCGCGAGACAAAGAUUUUAGCUGCGGAAAUAAAGAAAAAUUACAAAAAAAAAAGGAAUAUUGUGUAUUAAUAUUAGUUAAGAGCUUCAUAAUAAAAUAUCCUCAGAACCAACGUAGUGUAUGGUCAAAGAAGAAGGAUAAGAUCGAACAAAUAUUGUUACGAUUGACUAAAAUAAUGAACAACCAGUUUAUAGUUUAAUCAAUUAUAAUGGUAUUUUUGUCACCUCUUUCAAGCUAACUCUAUAUAAAAUAAAAAAAGAAAAAAAAAAUUCGACGAUUAGCUCGGAGUUCGAGAUAAAAUACAAUUAGAAACUUAAGACUAAUUUCGAUGUUGUGAUAAUCUUUAAUACAAAUUGAAACUCAUACAAUUUAUGUAAUCUCUAUGUCAAUUGGUAUUACUUCGACGGGUUCACAUGGAAAGCUAUGCAGAUAACAGCUGCCGUGUACUUCCGAAUAAUCCUGCGGCGACUGACGAAAUAUUCUCUUCGUUUCCUUCUCUUCGUUUCUUUCUCGCGUUCUAGAACGUUCUUCUCAUUAACAUCUGUGAUAUACUUUAAUCAUAGUAAUUUCCUACAUAAAAGAAAGGAGAGAGAAAGAAAGAAGAAAAGAAAAAUGCAAUGAAAGCAACAAAAGUGAAUAUUAGAUGAAGAGAGAGAGGGGGGGAGAGAGAAAUAGCGAAAUGAGAAUAAGAACAAAGAAUAAAAAGAUACGAUAAAUAGAGAAGCAAAAAUAGAAAAGAAAACAGGUAGCGUGCGAUUUUUUGAUAAAAAUAAAAUGAAAAAACAUAAAACAAGAACAAGUAUGGGACUGUAUGGGUGAGAAGUGAAGAGAAAAAAAUAAUAAUGUAUAACACAUAAAUAUAUAAAUUAUAUAGAAACUCUACUGUAUAUACAUACACUUAUGAAUAUUCUAUACUAUAUACUCGGUGUGGUUUAUUUUGAUACUACCGCGUGCGGUAAUAUUUAACGAUUGUCGGAGAUAAAUUCAACAAAUUAUAAACAAAGAGAGGAAAAAAAAUAGAAAAAAAAAAUAAGAAAAAAAAUAAGAAGAAGUAUAAUAAAGUAAAAACAAUUCUAUGCCUUCUAACGUUGACAAACGUUGACGAACCUUCGUGCGGUAGUGGUGCCCGCGCUUCGAGCGAUCAAAGAUAAUUGGCGACUUCUCUUUGUUCUUUCCUCUUUGUCGAAGUUUUCAUAAGUUGUUAAUGAGUGCUUCCUUUCUAAAUGAAAAAAAAAAGAAAAGAUAAGUAACUCGACUGAACCGAAUGAUCGAUCGAUUAAACAUAAGAAUCGAUCUUGUUUUUGUUCCAAUGAUGAACGAUUAAUAGCUGCCUUGCCUGUUAUGUAUCAUCUUCGAUCGUUCGAUAAUCAUAGAAAUACUAUUAAGAGUAAUAGUAUCUAUGUAUAAAUCAUUGAAUCUGUUAAUCGAGACAGCUGUUAAUUAAAAAAUAUGGAACGAUCGUUUAAAUCACUUGUUAAUCGUAAUUAAACGUUCGACAAGCGUUCGACAAGCAAGACAAUCGUUAGCAAGAUAAAUAAUACAAUGUAUAGAUCAGUUUAAUUCUUUUCGAUCGAUCGAUUAAUCGUGUGAUUCCAAUAGUGAACAAAACUAUUUAAUGAUGUCGAUUGUUUAUAGCUAAAAGUAACUUUGUUUAAAAAGUCUAACGUAAAUCUCGUACGCACAUAAUGGCGCCUAGUUUACUUGUACUUUAAAAUGAUGGAUCUCCAUUGGAUUGUUCGUUGCAAUUAUUGAAAUUGGUAUGUGAGAUAUAAAAUUUUGGUUGAAUUACAAAAAAAUAUCAGUGGAAUUUAUAAAUAGCAAAAAAAAAAAAAAAAAAACAAAAGAAAAAAGAAAGAAAAAGAAAAAGAGAAAUGUUCCAUAAAAUGUGAAAGUUAAAACGAUUAUAAUGAUUGUGGCGUAUUGGAUCUUCUUUGGACCUUUUAAUCAGAACUCCUAGAUUCUAAUGUAUUCGUAUGAUACAUAUGUAUAUAGAUAUAUAAUAAUUUAAUGCGCAUCUCUAUGGCACCACGACCGAAUCUCGAUAGCUCGAUAGCGUUAGACGACUGACCUCCGAAUUAUAGUUUACUCUAGUCACGGGAUGAAUCGUAUAAUCAUGCGCGAAAAUUCACUGAUCAACUGCAUGUAUAUUAGUGAGACAGACGCAAGAGUUUUAGACAAAAAAAAAAAAAAAGAAAAAGAAAAAAAUGAAUAAAACAGAAUUAUAUAAGCGAAUCUUCAUAUGUAUGUGCGCAACACAAUAGCGGAAUACUUUUAUUCGCGACUGGAAAAAAAUUCGAUCGAAAAAAAAAAUGAUGAGAGCAAGAGAAAGAAUAUUAAAAGAGAGAAAAAAAAAUUAAUAAAAUGAAUAGUAUAUACAUAUAUGCGUACAUACACACGUGCACACAUAUACGUAUAUAUACACACAUAUGUGUAUAUAUAUACACAUAGUUAUAUGAAUAAUAAGUACAAGAAAUGAAAAAAAAAAUCGUCAGAGUUAUUAAGGUGUUAUUCAGUGUACUUGUUGCCGCGUGCCUCUCGAGUCUGUUCUUCGCCCCUAAAGGAGGCAGUGUGCGUAAUUGUCUAUUUAAAAAGGAAAAUUAAAAAAUGAAAAGUAAGAAAAAUAUAUAUAUAAAAAGAAAAUGAAGAGAUGUAUAUAAAGCGAAAAUUAAAAGAGAAGAAUUAGAGGACAAAUAAAAAAAAAAUGCGAUAAGAACAAUAUAUGAAGGAAAGGAAGGAAAAAAAUAUGGAGAAAAAAUAAAACUCGUGGAAUAAAAAAAUAAAAGAAUAAAAAAAAAUAAAACGAAAAAAGGCUAACCGCCUUCAAAUGUAUCAUGCUAUUUUAAUUAUAGCAGUAACAUACCAGGCAUGGUUCAUGCGAUCGCCGAGAAGCGUUCUUUUAUCUGCCUGAUGCCGCGUAUAUGUGCGUAUACAUGAAUUUUUUCGGAAAAAAGUCUAGCCACGUGAAAAUAUUCGAUUGAAUUUCGAGAAAAAAUAAAAAAGAGGAAAGAAGGAAAAAGAAAAAAAAAGAUAGAAUGAGAGGAAGAGAGAGAGAAAGAGAGAGAGAGAGAGAGAGAGAGAGAGAGAGAGAGAGAGAGAGAGAAGGAAAAAAAGGAUGAAUGUAUGUAUGUGUGUGUGUGAAUGUGUGAAAGAAUAGAGGAACAUGACGAUAGAAGCGUAGAACAAGACUAAAUAUGUACAAAUGUAAUAAAUUGAAUGACGAUUAUGUUGAAUUGA